AUGCUUUCACAAUUAUUUUCUGUUGGUGUUAGUGCUUUAUUAGCUACUUCAAUUCAAGCAGGUGUUAUUCAAAAUAAACCAAGAGAUGGAGUAAUCGCAUUAGAUAUGCAAAUGGAAUAUUCUUCUGAAUUAAUGAAAAGACAAGUUGCUGAACAUGAUUAUUUUGUUACACCAAAUAAUUGGCCAAAAGUUGUUUUACCAAUUGGUUCAAAUAAAGAUGAAGUUGAAUUAGUUGUUGAUACAGGAAGUUGGUUACUUCAAGUUCCUGAUGUUGCAACAAAUUGUACUAAAUGCUUAUUACCAAAUGGUAAAUUAGGUUUAUAUAAUUCAAAUACUUCAACAACUGCUAAUAAAACAGGUAAACCAAUUAAUUUUGGUUUUGGUGCAAAUGCUUAUUAUCAUGGAGAAUGGGUUGUUGAUGAUGUUUGGUUCGGACCAAAUUUUAAAAUUCCGAAUACUUUAUUCAAUGAUGCUACAGAAAUUGGAUCUUUAUGGCCUUAUGGAAUUUUAGGACUUUCAAAACCUACAAAAGGUGAUGAAAAUCAAAAUAUAGUAUGGAAUGCUUAUAGAGCUGGAUUAAUCAAUAAACCAAUAGUAGCAUUCACUCAAAGAAAUUCAAGUGGUAAUAGUUUACAAUUAUUUUUGGGUGGUCAUAGUAAAUCUCAAUUAGUUGAAGAUUAUACUUGGACCUCAAUUGAAAAUAAAAAUUUUGUUGCUCAUGUUGAUUUUGUCAAUAUUAAUGGUACAGAAGUAAAAGUUAAUCAAACUAUAACUUUUGAUACUGGCAAUUUCCCAGUUGGUGUAAGUCAAGAAGUUUAUGAUGGUCUUUUAGGUUCAUUCCCUGAUGAUCCAAAUAAUAAAAAAGGUAGUGGAAAAAUCGAUUAUAAUUUAAUCAAAGAUAAAACAAUAACUGUUAGUAUUUACGGAAAAACUUAUAAUGUUCCGUUAAUUGCAUUUAUUGAACCUAAUUGUACAGGUCAACAUUGUGAUAUUAUAAUUCAUGUUGCUGUUUGGAAUUGGGGAACUGGAUUUACUAGAUUUUUGAAUUUAGCUUUAAAUUAUGAUAAUGGUUCAUAUAUUGGAAUCGCUGGAUGGAAACCAUCAAAUACAAAUGAUAUUGUUGCUUUUUAA